CUCUUUAAAGUACAGUAAUUAUUUCUGAAUUUGUGCUUUUUAUGCAAAUCUGCACCCUCCUUUUUCCUUCUUUGGGUGACCUGUCAACAGUCACCCUAGUUGGCAUUCAGAUUCAAAUGUCCAUUUUAAAGAAAUGCAAAGCUUAUCUAAUAAAGCAAAUUUGUCUUUUAGUAAGCCCAGUUAGGAUGCUAAACACAGCUUUUUGAGUGACUGGAAGGUAAUUGAUUCUCUGACGUUCAGGAGCUUGCAGGUUUGAUGAGGGGGUGAAUAUAUAAAAGAGAGUGCGGCAAUACCCACAACAGCUAGAGACUCGCCACUCUGGUUAGAAAAAGCUGGAUAGGAUUUUCUCUAUUUCCUGGGACACAGAAAUAAUCGGAAGUAUUGUCAGGCAAGCAAGAAGGCCAAGAACAAGGUUGCAGACUUGAGAGGACCAUUUUCCUGAAGGGAACUAUUGCCCCAGAAGAGUGAAGAAUGUUGGACAGGGCUGUUCUCCUUCUCUUCCUCCAUUUCAUCAUGUGUUCCCUCUCAUCUCCUCUCUACCCAGCACUCAGAUAUAGUCCACUCCCCAUUUCUGGCAAGGCAGUUAGCUUUCAACUGCAAGAAAGUGGUCCUGUGCAAAGCCACAACCUCUCAGUAGAGGAGCAGGAGGAAGAGAACUUCCUCACCGACCCUGCUGAGAAAAGGAUGCAGCGCCAUGCAGAUGCAAUAUUUACUGACAGUUACCGCAAAGUUCGGGGUAAGAUGUCAGCCCAGAAGUUAUUGCAAGGCAUCGUUGGGAAAAGACUCGGGGAAGGCAGCCUGGGGGAUGAGGAACACGAAUUCAUGACCCGGAGGCAGUCUGACAGCAUCCUGAUGGGCAGUCGCUAUCACCAGCAGAUGGUACUGAGGAAUUUCUUGGGAGCCAUGUUGCAGAAUCAAAGGUCUCAAGAUAUCAAUGAUGACCACUUGGAGGAUUUUGUCAGUGUCCUAACCAAGCUAAUGGAACUGUAAAUAAGCUUUGUCCUGCUUCAUUCUGGUCAGUGCCACUCUCGGAGCACCCAACUUUUCAAGAGUUCUUCCUGCUUCUGAAGCAGUACAAAGAAACAGACAUCUUACUAUGUGCAUCAAUGCUGUCCAGAAUGCCAUCAGGAAAACAAAGUGUGAGGGACUUCUGUUCCCUGUGCUUACUACAGUUCGACUGUUGAGUAUGUAGCCUCACUUCAGUUUGAAAAUAAAUGCCUCUGAUGUAUAGCAAUCAUAUAUAUAUCCAAACUCUUUUUUCCCC